AUGGCUCAGGCAUACAUUCUCACUUUGCCACAAGAGCUUCUGCAAGACAUUGCCAGCUAUGUCGACAUUUCUACCGAUAUUCUGAACCUCAGGCUCUCCUGCAAGGACCUCGCCGGAGCCGCUUUUGAUCGUUUCGCGGAAGAGUACAUUUCGGAGCUAUCGUGUUUUGUGCUGGACCCAAAACGAUUGGAACGGAUUGUGUCUAUUACGGCAAGACCUCAUCUUGCUCGCAAGAUUGAAGAGCUUACCUUCAACUCCAGUCCAUUCGAGCGUAAAUACCAUUCUCUCGGCCUCCCAGCACAAGAGGGUCUGCACGAGCUAGCCCACACGUCAUUCGUGGAUACUUACAGCAAAGAGCAAUUCGCAAAGCUGGGGGCACCGGAUCUCAAACUUGGUGCGGUCAACUUAGUCCUGGUCGAAAAGAUACUUCGAAAUGUUGGACCUUUGCCAGAAUGCACUGUGCGCCUCGAUGCCCAGGAAGCCGACGAUUUGAUAGCAAACGAUUGGAUAGACCAGUAUUCGUUGGAUUUUGUGGACGAGAUUCUCAAGAUCGCCUUGCGUGUCGGCACACCAAUCGGCGACAUAUCCUUGUCGAAUCGAGUCUAUCUUGACAAAGACUCCUACCGCACAGACGGUGACAUGUCACCUGUAUUACCAAUGCUGCGAGAGCUCAGAACGUUCUCUUAUAGAUUUGACAACUGGCGCCUUGGGUCUCUUGGGACACAAGCAAUCGCGCACUUCGACGCCUUGCAGGCGUUGACGAGGUCCCUCACCCGCUUGACAGAGCUGGAUUGGGCCCAGAUGGGGAGCGACCGCAUCUUCAGAGAUCGCCAGGAUCUAUUGAUGCCUGACUUGCGAUACAUGCCUCAGCUUCAGAUCUUGUCACUCUGUGGCAUAGAAUGCUCGUGGAAACACCUUCGUCGGACACUUGCUGUAUGCGGCUCCAUGCUUGUGAGCCUUCGUUUUGAGCACAUCACACUGGAGGACAUUGAGGGCGAACCUCUACUCGAACUACUCCACUUCAUGUCGGCGAUGCCCAGCUUGAGUACAAUGACGAUAUCGAUGUUGAAGCAGAAGUUGGUGGACGGAAAACGCAGGGUUCUGGAAUUCCUCAUUCCUGGUGACACGAACUUCAAGCGCUACUUGGAACUGGUGUUCGAGGAUCUGUGGGAGAGUAGACCUUUCCUGGACUGCAACUUAAGUCAUGGCUUGAGUUACAGGCCGUAUUAG